AAAUUGGAUGGGAUCAGCUGGGAAGACAUGACAAGAGGAGAAAUCCUCCUCUAAAUAGGAUGUUCCACAGUUUCCUAAGGAUUUUCAGCACUUCACCCCAAAAUAGAGAUUGAGAAGCAUUUUUUAACCUGAGACUGAGUGACUUCAGGCAAGUAUUCAGGCAUUGCCACAAGACCUGAACCUGAGAAGGGGGAAGGAAUGAACGAAUGAAUGGCUAUAUCAGUAUGAGUUUGCCAUCUCAGAUGAUAUUCCUGCCCAGAAUAACCUUGGAGAAAGUGCCAAAGAACUCAAUUUGGUGACAGUUUAAAAUCUCCACCACAAAGUCAGCAAGUGGCGGAAGCUGGGACUGUUGUUGCCUUCUGGAGUCAUCCCCUUAGCACAGCCUCCUUGAUUGACACAGGCAAAAUGAUGCUUCAACACCCAGGCCAGGUCUCUGCCUCGGAAGUGAGUGCCUCUGCCAUCGUCCCCUGCCUGUCCCCUCCUGGGUCACUGGUAUUUGAAGAUUUUGCUAACCUGACACCCUUUGUCAAGGAAGAGCUGAGGUUUGCCAUCCAGAACAAGCACCUCUGCAACCGGAUGUCCUCUGCACUGGAGUCGGUCACUGUCAGCAACAGACCUUUCGAGAUGUCAGUCACGAAAGCCGAGGUAGCCCCUGAAGAAGAUGAAAGGAAGAAGAGGCGACGGGAAAGGAAUAAGAUUGCAGCCGCCAAGUGCCGGAACAAGAAGAAGGAGAAGACGGAAUGCCUGCAGAAAGAGUCGGAGAAGCUGGAGAGUGUGAACGCCGAACUGAAGGCCCAAAUCGAGGAGCUCAAGAAUGAGAAGCAGCAUUUGAUAUACAUGCUCAACCUUCACCGGCCCACGUGCAUCGUCCGGGCUCAGAACAGGCGGACUCCAGAAGAUGAGAGAAACCUCUUUAUCCAACAGAUAAAAGAAGGGACAUUGCAGAGCUAAGCGGCCUGGUUUGGGGGCAACUGGGGAGUCCUUAUCGAAUCCUCCUUUUACACCCAAAACCCUGAAGCCAUUGGAGAGCUGACUUCCUGUGCACCUCUAGAAUCCCAGCAGGAGAGAGCUAUCAAGGCGAGAGGGCUGCGGUGACUCAGCGGGGCCUUUCCACUCUGCCCAGGGUAGACUCUGGCCUAUGGCAAGCGCAUCUUUUGCCUCAAGUCCAGGAUUCAGGCCUUAACAUCCUGGCCAUUCUCAGAUGUUCCAGAUGGCUCCUGGUUAGGGUCCCGCCCAGCUUUCAUCUGGAUUCUACAAAAGCCACGAUGUCCACCAUUAGGAUUCAUGCAGAAGUGUGUACACCUCGGGUGGAUGGGGUGGGUCGUCUCCUCCACUGUGGCUGCCACUGUCACUUGUAGGAGUUGUGGAGUGAGGACGGCAUUUAGCCAAGUUGUGCAGUGGCCAGGGUUGCGCUUUCUAGCAAAUAGGCUGUUCUGUCUGGGAAUGACUGUGUGCAAGGCAUUCAUUUCAAAACUAGGCACUGUGCUCUUUUGAUGUCUGUUUCGCACAGCACUGGUGUGACAUUUACGUGGUUUUCCUCAGAUCUGGUUUCUGAGAGUUUGGCGGGCUGUCACCAUGUGCAGUGACUCACAGAAUGUUCAAGUGGCCAGAAAAGCAUGUCAGCCCCUGGAGAACAUAAUUCUGCUGGCAUUAACGCAAAACCCAUGGGCAUGACAGCAGGUCCUCUGUUGCAAACUCAGUUGCAAUGUCACAGGAAGAAAGUAGAAAGUAAGUCCAACUUCCAAAGGGUUAGGACUCUCCACUCAGUGACUUAGGUCAGGAGUCAUUUCUAGGCUGGAAGAGCCAAAGUAUAUUCCAUUUCCCUUUCCUCGUGGAUGAAAACCACAGUCAGCAGAGACAUGUUUGAAGCCAGGUGAUGCCUGGGCUUUUGCAUUAUUGGAUGUCAAUGGCAUUGUGUUUGUCAUGAAGCUGUUUUAACAAAUCUGGCUCAGAGCAUUUGUAGCUGUGGGAUGUCACUCACACUGGCCACAAGGAUUCUGGCUACUGUCUAUAAAAUUCUGAUGUUUCUGUGAAAUCCUCAGAGUGUUGAAUCCUAUUCAAUAGUAUCAUUACAAUUUUCUGUAAGAGAGACUAUCACUUAUUUAUCCGAGUAUUCCUGUCAAUAUAAUAAAUACUGGAAACAAGACGUGGUAAACGUAA